CGCGUAUCUCCCAGAUGAGGGCUCCAGUUGCGUGUCGUCGCUCUCGGUGAUCUCGGUUAGUUCAUUUCUGUUCGGUCUCUGUUUCCCCUCAGGUUUGUGUCUGGACAGCAGGAUUGGGGAUUGAUUAUCGUUGCCUUCUUGCAUCAUUUUCGCAGCCCACGCCGUCUGCAGUCAGUCCUUCAUAUUCUUACUCACCGCUCAUUUACAUGACUCCAUCCACGCCGGGUGAUUUUUACUCAGGGGGAGGACAGCGUUUCCUGCGGUGCUUGAAAUGAAUGGUCGCCACUGAAUGACAGGAUACAUGGAGCAAACACAAGCCUGCGCAUGUGACAAACUUGUGCAAGGGAAACCCUCGGGAGGUCCCAGGAGAAGAUGGCAUUCUGGAGGAGAAAUACUAAUGUUGAGAAGGAACGCCAUGUAAAAGCUAAUGCGCGGGACUACAAUGACAAGUUCUCUUAUGCCGACAAUCACAUCAAAACCUCAAAGUACAACAUCUUCACCUUCCUGCCCAUCAACCUGUUUGAGCAGCUCCAGAGGGUGGCCAAUGCUUACUUCGUAGUGCUGUUGAUACUGCAGUUAAUUCCAGAAAUAUCCUCUCUGUCCUGGUUCACAACCAUCGUGCCUUUGGUGUUGGUGCUGGUCAUCACGGCUGUCAAGGAUGCCACAGAUGACUAUUUCCGACAUAAGAGCGACAAGCAAGUCAACAACCGCCAGUCUCAGGUUCUCAUCAAAGGAAGUUUGCAGAAUGAGAAAUGGAUGAACGUUCGAGCAGGGGAUAUCAUCAAACUAGAGAAUAAUCAGUUUGUUGCUGCUGACAUCCUCCUUCUGUGUAGUAGUGAGCCCUAUGGACUGUGCUAUAUUGAGACUGCAGAGCUAGAUGGAGAGACUAAUCUGAAAGUCCGUCAGGCCUUGACCAUCACCUCAGAUUUGGGAGAUAUUUCUAAACUGAUGGACUUUGAUGGAGAAGUCAUUUGUGAGCCACCAAACAACAAGCUGGAUAAAUUUACAGGAACAUUAUUCUGGAGAGACAAUAAAUACUCUCUAGAUAAUGAAAAAAUGCUGCUGCGUGGUUGUGUGCUCAGAAACACUGAGUGGUGCUUUGGGAUGGUCAUAUUUGCUGGGCUGCAAACCAAACUGAUGCAGAACUGUGGAAGAACAAAAUUCAAAAGGACAAGUAUUGACAAACUGAUGAACACUUUGGUUUUGUGGAUCUUUGCCUUCCUCAUUUGUAUGGGAGUUAUUUUGGCCAUUGGAAACAGUAUUUGGGAGAGUCGGAUUGGCAGAAGCUUCCAGGUGUUUCUGCCGUGGAACCAGAUUCAGAGCAGCGCUGGUUUCUCUGGCUUCCUCACCUUCUGGUCCUACAUCAUCAUCCUCAACACUGUUGUGCCCAUCUCACUGUAUGUCAGUGUGGAGGUUCUGCGUCUCGGACACAGUUACUUCAUUAACUGGGACCGGAGGAUGUACUACAGACGGACGGACACCGCAGCUGAAGCUCGCACCACCACCCUGAACGAGGAGCUGGGCCAGGUGGAGUUCAUCUUCUCUGACAAGACCGGCACCCUCACCCAGAACAUCAUGGUGUUCAGCAAGUGCUCCAUUAACGGACAGACAUAUGGUGACGUCUAUGAUGAAUUUGACCAGAAGGUGGAAAUUACAGAAAAAACAUCCUGUGUGGACUUCUCCUUCAACCCUCUCUGUGACAGAAGGUUUAAGUUUUACGACAGCAGCCUGAUUGAAGCCAUUAAACUGGAGGAUCCUGCAGUGCAGGAGUUCUUCAGACUGCUGGCUUUGUGCCACACUGUGAUGCCAGAGGAGAAGAGCGAAGGACAUUUGGUGUACCAGGCCCAGUCGCCUGACGAGGGAGCGCUGGUCACCGCAGCGCGAAACUUUGGGUUUGUCUUCAGGGCUCGAACCCCCGAGACCAUCACAGUGUGUGAGAUGGGACGAGCUGUCACCUACCAGCUGCUGGCCAUACUGGACUUCAACAACGUGCGCAAGAGAAUGAGUGUCAUUGUGAGAAAUCCACAAGGCCAGAUCAAACUUUACUCCAAAGGGGCCGACACUAUUAUCUUUGACCGGCUGGAUCCAUCCAGUGAGGACCUCAUGUGCACUACGUCAGAGCAUCUCAGUGAAUUUGCUGGAGAAGGGCUUCGAACAUUAGCUCUGGCCUACAAAGACCUUGAUGAAAAUGAUUUUGAAGUUUGGACAAAGAAGCUUCUGUUCGCCAGCACUGUCAUUGAGAACCGCGAGGAUCAGCUGGCCGCUCUCUACGAGGAGAUUGAGCAGGGCAUGAAGCUUCUAGGAGCCACAGCAAUAGAGGACAAACUCCAGGAAGGAGUCCCAGAGACGAUCGCCUGUCUAAAUCUGGCCGACAUCAAGAUCUGGGUCCUCACAGGAGACAAACUAGAGACCGCCAUGAACAUCGGCUACUCCUGCAACAUGCUGCGAGACGACAUGAAUGAGGUGUUUGUUAUCUCUGGCCACACACUGCUGGAGGUGCAGCAACAACUCAGGAGUGCAAAGGAGCACAUCCUCAGCCUGAGUCGAGUUAGCAGCGCGGGAGAUGUCGAGAAGACAAAUAUGCUUGCAGAUGACUCUGUGUUUGAAGAAACCAUUAUUGCAGAGUACGCCUUAGUCAUCAAUGGACACAGUUUGGCUUAUGCUCUGGAGCCACAGCUGGAGCACGUCUUGCUGGACUUGGCGUGUUUGUGUAAAGCGGUUAUCUGCUGCCGGGUCACUCCGAUGCAGAAAGCUCAGGUGGUGGAGCUGGUGAAGAGGCACAAGAGGGCGGUCACACUGGCCAUAGGAGACGGAGCCAAUGAUGUCAGCAUGAUCAAGACUGCUCACAUCGGUGUUGGCAUCAGUGGUCAGGAGGGGACGCAAGCUGUUCUGGCAUCAGAUUACUCCUUCGCUCAGUUUCGGUACCUGCAGCGGCUCUUGCUGGUGCACGGCCGCUGGUCCUACUUCCGCAUGUGUAAUUUCCUGUGUUACUUCUUCUACAAGAACUUUGCCUUCACGCUGGUUCACUUCUGGUACGGUUUCUUCUGUGGUUUCUCAGCUCAGACCGUUUAUGACCAGUGGUUCAUUACCCUCUUCAACAUAGUCUAUACAUCUUUGCCAGUACUCUCAAUGGGACUUUUUGAUCAGGAUGUCAAUGACCAGAACAGCCUUCGCUACCCGAGCCUGUACAAACCCGGCCAACAAAACCUUCUAUUCAACAAGCGCCAGUUUUUCCUGUGCACGCUGCAGGGGAUGGGCACAUCAUUCCUGCUCUUCUUCAUUCCUUACGGAGCCUUCUCUGUCAUGGUGAAAGAGGAUGGCUCCCACUUCUCUGACCAACAAGCAUUUGCUGUUACCAUAGCAACAUCCUUGGUUAUUGUCGUAAGUGUUCAGAUUGGACUUGACACACACUACUGGACAGCUGUCAAUCACCUCUUCAUAUGGGGGAGUCUGACUGUGUACUUUGUCAUUUUGUUUGCAAUGCAAAGCAAUGGCAUUUUUGGCAUCUUCCCAAGUAAUUUCCCAUUCGUAGGCACGGCCCGUAACUGUCUGCAGGAGAAGAGUGUAUGGUUGGUCAUUCUGCUCACCACUGUGGUGUGUGUUGUGCCCGGCUUAGCAGUCAGCUUCCUGAGAGUAGAUCUCUUCCCAACUCUAACAGACAAGGUUUGUCACCUACAACAGUCCAGAAAGAGGCAGGGGCCUCAGGAGCGGAGCCUGAGGCGAGUACGUAGGACGAGCUCCCGUCGCUCUGCCUAUGCCUUCUCCCACCAACAGGGCUACGGAGAGCUGAUUACCUCAGGCAAAAACAUGAGGACGAGCACAGUGUCUUCUGCUCGCUCCCCUGAAAGAACACUGCACAGCACCAAGUGGAUUGAAAAUAUGUUAAAGAGAAAGAACGAAGUCUCUUGCAUCGCUGAAAGUACAGGAGCACCGGAGAGCAGCAACAGAGCAAUACAGACUCCAUAGCAACUGCACGCAGACUGAGCUCGACCUCUAACAGAUACUAUGUACACUGUAGGACACCACAUGCAUGGAACCCAGAGACCAAGCACAAGGUAUGAGUGUCUUUCAUUUGGAUGAAUUUAUACUCAAAUCCAACUACACAGAUGUACCUCGUUUUUUUUAUUAGUGUGAUUCAUGUGGACACUGUUGAAUGUUAAAAGCCAAUUAAAACAUGAUCAUGUAGAAGAACCACUUCUUAAAAAGCCAACUGAUCGAAAACAGAUAAAAGCAGAACUUUUUAACCUGCAUCAUGCAAAACAUGUUUAAUUUGCAAUCUUGACAAUAGCAGGUAUAUUUUAGGACAAUAUUAUGCAUGUGUUGCAAAAGUUAAAGAAAUAUUUGUAAUCCUGCAUUAACUGAUCCAAUUGAGUCUUAAAGCAGUAGGUGCAUUCAUUUAAUACUAUUUUAAUAGCAUGUCCUUGUCUGAUUAAUAAAAAUGGUUGGCAUUUUUGGGCACCUUGAGAGAAGCCUUUACCAAUUUCAAACAAAGUUGUAAUACAGAGGUGACAAAAGCAAAGGUAAAGGUGGCCACAAGCACCAGUAAGAAGGUUUAUCAAUAGACUUUAGUCUGUGGAGCCUAUGCGUUAAAGCUUUCAUCUCAUCCUACAUCCGAAGUGCUAACAUACAAGUGUUUGUGUAAAUACUUAAGUAAAGCUGCUGAAUAUGAUGAUAAGCACAACUUAAUUACUCGUUUAAAUUUCUCAUUACAUUUUGCUGUCUCCAUAAUUUACCAUAUGCCAUUAAACAAACUGGAACCUCAAAUGGGAUUUAUGAUGCUUUGGGCAUUUGUGGACAAGGAUGUGCAAGAGUCGUUCUGAGGUCUGUUUUCCCUGUGUUGUGCCUUGU